CUUGACACUUGCAGUGGAGGCAUUAAAACAGAUCUGUUGGUGUCCCGUGUGUCAUCAUAUAAUUACGUUUGUCCUUUAGGUCCUGCUCUUCUGUUUGUAAAGACUAGCCAAGGAAAAGAGGAAGGAAGAAGAUUUUAUGCUUGUUCAGCUUGUAGGGAUAGAAAAGACUGUAACUUUUUCCAGUGGGAAGAUGAGAAGGUGUCAGAAGCUAGGCUUGCAGCACGGGAAGAAUAUAAUAGAAAUCAUCAGCCUUCUUUUACACACAGACAGAAUGUAGAAAGGUACAAGAAUUUUGUUCUAUUGCCGUUAUCAAAGAGGAGGUUUUGCCAGGAAUGUGAAUGGGAAAAACACUCGGAUCACCAGUUCCUGUGUGAUAUCUCCACUGCCCAGUUAAAAAGUCCCAGUCAACUUCUGUAUCCACUGGAGAAUAAAAAAACAAAUGCACAGUAUUUAUUUGCAGACAGAAGUUGCCAAUUCCUACUGGAUCUUAUUCUUGAUUUAGGAUUCAGACGAGUGCUCUCUGUUGGAACACCCAGGCUUCAUGAAAUGAUCCAGUCAAAAGCAUCACAAGAAGAUGAUUUCAGGGUUAGAAGCCUUCUGCUAGAUAUUGAUUUCAGGUAUUCACAGUUUUACACAGAAGAUGAAUUCUGCCACUACAACAUGUUUAAUCAUUUUUUUUUUGGUGGAGAGGCUGCACGUGAAACUUGUAGGAAAUUCUUGUAUCAAGGCAAUGGUGAAAGAGUCAUUAUGGUAACUGAUCCCCCAUUUGGAGGUUUAGUGGAAGCACUGGCUUCUAGUUUUAAAAAACUGAUGGCAAUGUGGAAGGAGACAGAAAAAGAAGGUCAUAACAACCAGGAGAUGCCCAUGUUCUGGAUAUUUCCAUACUUCUUUGAGUCUCGUAUUCUGGAAUUUUUCCCAAGCUUCAGUAUGAUGGAUUACCAGGUAGACUAUGAUAAUCAUGCACUUUAUAAACAUGGCAAGACAGGUCGUAGACAGUCCCCUGUCCGUAUCUUCACGAACCUCACUCCAAGUAUGAUUGUACUUCCUGCGGAAGAGGGUUAUAGGUAA